AUGACACGUUUUGAUGACGAUAUCGUAGCUGUUGUCAUUGACAACGGGUCGGGUGUGUGUAAAGCUGGUUUCGCCGGGGACGACGCCCCUCGUGCGGUGUUUCCUGCCCUGACAGGGAUGCCAAAAUAUCAUUCUGUCAUGGUUGGAAUGGGAGAAAAAGACUGCUACGUGGGUGACGAGGCUCAAAGUAAGCGAGGUGUCCUGAGUGUGAAGUACCCCGUGGAGCACGGCAUCGUCACCAACUGGGACGACAUGGAGAAGAUCUGGCAUCACACAUUUUACAACGAGCUGCGCGUGGCCCCUGAGGAACAGCCCGCCCUCCUCACCGAGGCCCCCCUCAACCCCAAGGCUAACAGAGAAAAAAUGACGCAGAUAAUGUUUGAAACAUUCAACACGCCAUCUUUCUACGUUUCGAUACAGGCUGUUCUUUCUCUUUAUUCGUCGGGUCGAACAACAGGUAUCGUGUUCGACUCUGGCGAUGGUGUAUCUCACGUUGUGCCUAUUUAUGAAGGUUACGCUUUGCCGCAUGCUGUGAAGAGAGCGGAUUUAGCGGGUCGUGACCUAACGGAAUAUCUCACGAGAAUUCUCCACGAGAGGGGAUACAGCUUUACCACCAGCUCGGAACGAGAGAUUGUGCGAGACAUCAAGGAGAAGCUUUGUUAUGUAGCUCUGGACUUUGAAGCAGAGCUCAAAUCAGCCAGCCAGUCGUCUAAUCUUGAAAAAUCAUAUGAACUUCCGGAUGGACAAGUGAUCACGAUCGGCUCAGAGUGUUUCCGGUGUCCAGAAUGCUUGUUUCAACCAUCAUUCCUUGGCAUGGAGUCAAGCGGUAUCCACGACAUGCUGGAAAACUCCAUCGCGAAAUGUGACAUCGACAUCCGACGUUUCUAUGUAGCUAUACAGGCAGUGCUCUCCCUUUAUUCGUCGGGUCGAGGGUCAGGAAUCAUGUUCGACUCCGGUGACGGCUUGACUCACAUCGUGCCUAUUUAUCAAGGAUAUACCUUUCCACACGCCGUGAUGCGAGCCGAUAUGGCGGGUCGUGAUCUCACGGAAUAUCUCGCGACAAUUCUGCGAGAGAACGGAUACAGCUUGGUUAACAGUGCAGAACGAGAGAUUGUGCGAGACAUCAAGGAGAAGCUUUGUUACGUAGCUCUGGACUUCGAAGCAGAACUUAAGGCUGCCAGCCAAUCAGUUGCGCUCGAAAAACCAUAUGAACUUCCGGAUGGUCAGAUGAUCACGAUUAACUCGGAGCGUUUCCGGUGUCCAGAAUGCUUAUUUCAACCGUCAUUCUUGGGAAUGGAGUCUGUGGGUAUCCAUGAAAUGAUUCACAACUCAAUCACGAAGUUAGACAUCGACGUAAGACUUCACAUGUACACCAACAUCAUCCUAUCAGGAGGGUCUACCAUGUAUCCAGGGAUGGGCGAUCGAAUGACAAAAGAAAUGAUCAACAUGUUACCAGGUAAUAUUAAAGUCAAGGUGGUAGAGCCUCCGGAAAGGAAGUACUCCUCGUGGAUUGGAGGAUCUAUUCUGGCCUCGUUGUCCUCUUCUCAACGAAUGUGGAUCACGAAACAGGAGUACGAGGAGUAUGGACCCAGCAUCAUACAUCAGAAGUGUUUCUAGAGGAUCUCGGUCUCGACGAGCUUGUGAGUAAGCAAAUCCACGUGGAGACAUGCUCUGUAAACGUGACCUGUCUCUAUAGAAUCGUAACACGGACGUCCGGUGGUUGGUGCCCAUGGCUCUCAUUAAGCAUCAGCAAGUACGCUCAGAGAGAAAAAGAGAGAGAUGCAAUUUUGGAAUAUAGCAGUAUCUUGUAGUACAACAGGUCCCAGGAUCGACACACACUAGUGGAUGCAAGGUGUUAUAUCUCGUUUUGCUAGCGCCCAAAGGCUCAGAGAUGUAUCUCCAAUCUGUGGGAAAAGACUGUAUAUCAUCAAAUAUAUUUUGCUGCUAAUAAAAACGUGUUUACUAAUAUAAAACACAAAAAA